AUGAAAUUCCCAACUGAACGUAGGAUUGCAAUGGUUCGGGGCGAUCAGAUGAGCUCCAGGGCAUGCUACCUGAACUCACUACGCAAAUCGGAGCCCCGGACUGUCAAUGUAAUUCAAGCAGAAGUACCCGCUGAAGCCGGUACGGACGUGGAGAUGCUCGACGCCCCUGAACAAGGGCAUACCUCUGGACAAGAGGAAGAUGUCAUAAUGGAAGAGGCCCCUGAACAAGGACACCCUCUUGACGAGUUAGAUCCCCGAAUAAUUGAUUAUGAACCAAACGCGACCCCAAUGGAAGAACUGGAAACUUUUCCAGUCAAUCCAGAAGACCCCAAUCAAGUCUUGCGCAUAGGGAAGUCAUUAUCGCCUGAAGCAAAAAUUGAGAUGAUACGAUUCCUGAAAGAAAACCUAGAUGUCUUCGCAUGGAAACAUGAGGAUAUGAAGAGGCGCGCGCUGAAUCCAGAACGGUACGAGGCGCUGAAAGACGAAGUAAGUAAACUCGAUCGCAGUGGUUUCAUCAGAGAGGCCAUAUACCCGAGGUGGAUAUCCAACCCGGUUCUAGUGAAAAAGUCCAGCGGGAAAUGGAGGGUCUGUGUGGACUUCACAAACCUGAAUAAGGCAUGCCCCAAGGACAGCUUCCUACUUCCAAGAAUUGAUCAACUGGUCGACUCCACUGCUGGGCAUGAACUACUUAGCUUCAUGGAUGCAUACUCAGGCCUCCAGGCGGCCGAACACGUGAGUCACAUUGACCAAACCUUCCAGAUACUCAAAAGGUAUAACAUGAAGUUGAAUCCCCUCAAGUGCACUUUCGAAGUGGCAUCGGGCCAGUUCUUGGGAUACAUUGUAAAUCAGAGAGGAAUUGAGGCAAACCCGGCAAAGGUGGCGGCUAUAAUAGAAAUGAGUUCACCUCAGAAACCAAAGGAGGUCCAAAGUCUCAAUGGCCGGAUAGCCGCCCUCAGCCGCUUCAUCUCCAGAGCCACCGAUAAAAGCUUGCCUUUCUUCAAAAAACACCUCGGUGAAUCGCCCCUCCUAUCGAAACCCCAUCCGGAUGAAUCUCUGUUGCUGUAUCUAGCAGUGUCAGACGUAGCAGUCAGCGCGGUCCUAACCAGGGAAGAAAAUGGGCGUCAAUUGCCGGUAUAUUACAUCAGCAAAGCACUUCUCCCAGCUGAAACACGCUACUCCGACAUGGAAAAACUGGCACUCGCACUUAUUACAGCUUCGAGAAAGCUGAGGCCAUAUUUCCAAGCUCACUCAAUUCAAGUCCUCUCCAAUUUCCCUUUAAGGCAAGGAAUGCAGAAGACGGACGCGUCAGGACGCCUACUGAAAUGGGCUAUCGAGCUCAGCGAGUUCGAUCUCACGUUCCGACCUAGACACGCUAUCAAGGGCCAGGCCCUUGCCGAUUUUAUGGUCGAAUUUACCAAAGCCCCAGAAAUGGAGGCCCUGAUGGAGCCAGCCGAGCCCCCCGCAUGGAAAUUAGCCUCGAACAACGCAGCCGAGUAUGAGGCCCUUCUGGCAGGACUAAGGCUCGCCAAGGAAAUGCAGGUCAGGAAGCUUCUGGCAAACAGUGAUUCUCAGCUCGUAGUGAAUCAGGUAAAUGGGGAUUUCGCGGCCAAGGAUGAUAACAUGCUCGCGUACUUGAAGCUGGUUCUGGACAUAAUUCCCCAUUUCGAAAAGUUCGAACUGAUUCAAGUCCCCCGUCUAGAGAAUGCCCAUGCAGAUGCCCUCUCAAAGUUGGCCAGCAGCGUGAACUCAGAGCUUCUGAACAUCGUCCCCAUUGAGCACUUAUCAAAGCCCUCCACCUUCGAAGGUGAAGAGUUACUAUGGAUAGAAGGCACCCCAUUGUGGAUGCAGCCCAUAAUUGCAUAUCUAAAAGAGCAAACGCUGCCUGCUUCCAGAAGUGAAGCAAGGAAAUUAAGAAGAAGGGCUGCACACUUCGUCCUUCAAGAAAGAACCCUUUACAAGAGAGGCUUUGCCUCUCCCCUUCUUCGAUGUGUGGGCGGCGAAGAGGCCACCUACGUACUCAGAGAAAUACAUGAAGGGAUCUGCGGAAAUCACUCCGGAGGGACGGUCGAGGCAGAACCCCUUGCUCGAAUCACCGAGGCCAACACUACAAAGUUCGUUUGGAAGAGCGUCAUUUGUAGGUUCGGCAUCCCUCACUCCAUUGUCUCUGAUAAUGGGCAGCAGUUCGACAACAGGAAGAUGCGAGAGUUAUGCGACGAACUAGGCAUAAAGAAAGACUUCUCGACUCCGCAUCACCCUCAGGCAAAUGGACAGGUCGAAGCAGUGAACAAGACUAUCAAGCACACCCUUAAAAGGAAACUGGAUGCCUCAAAAGGCGCCUGGGUUGACGAACUCCCCCACGUCCCCUGGGUCAUCAGAACGACUUGCCGGACCGCAACGGGCGAGACCCCAUUCUCAAUGACCUACGGAGCCGAAGCGAUGAGUCCGGUCGAGGUCGGUGUCCCAUCACAUCGGCGGAUACAUUUCAAUGAGAUCAGCAACGAUGAGGCGCGCAUAAGUGAACUACACCUCCUUGAGGAAAAGAGAGACGCCUCCCAGAUGACCUUAGCGAAAUAUCAUCGUAAGAUGACCCGCUUUUACAACUCCAAGGUCAGAAACAGGACUCUCCGCUUGGGCGACCUCGUUCUCAAAAGAGUGUUCCAAUCUUCGAAACCAACCGGGUCAGGAGUUUUUAGCCCGAACUGGGAAGGCCCGUACCGCAUUCAGGGAGAAUCCCGACCUGGUACUUUCGAGGUCGAAGAUAUGUCAGGAAGGGUGUUACCUCACAAGUGGAACAUCGAGCACUUGAGAAAAUACUAUCAGUGA